AUGGAAAAUCCUUUGUUAGAUUCAGAUAUAAUCUAUAAAAAUAACAAAGAUUAUGCUUUCUUAGCUUAAGUUUCACAUAAUUAAGAUAUUCUUGGGAUCUUACUUGAUGAAAUGAAUUUUAAGCUUAAAUUUAUUUCAGAUGAUAAAAUAUACUUGAAAUGUUCAAUUUGUGAACUUCUAUUUGUUUUAUAAAGCCAUAAUAAUCUAUCAAUCUAGAUAUUUUACCAAAAGAAACUAAAAAAUUAAAAAGACUAUAGCUAAGAUUAAUGCUAAUAAUGUUAAUAAUUCAAAAACGGAGAAUGUUUCAAAAAAUGCUUCAAAUGUGAUUCUAAUUAAAUUAUUGGUUUAUUAAAUGAGAAAUAAAGUAUAUUUUGCCAAAUUUGUUAUUCUGAAUUAUGCAAAAAUUGUGAUUCAAACUUAGAAAUCUUUUAAUAGUUUCCAGAAAGAUGUACAUAGAAGAUUGCAACCAAUUGUUAAAGAUACUUUUAUGUUAUAACAAUGAUAAUACUAUCAUUCAUCUUUUUACCUAUAUUUAUGGUACUUAAUUUUAAGAAAUACAAAUUCUAAUUUUAAUUCAUGGAAUUUCAUUAAUAUAUACUUGCAAAAUAUAAACCAGUUAUCAUAUUAUUCUUUUAUUAAGUAUUCCUUAUAGUAUACUUGAUAAAAGUCUUUAUUAUAUUAAUAAAUUUUGUGAUUGAUAAAAAUAAAGAGAGAAUUCAUUAUUACUUUGAUUGA